CCUCUUGAUAUGAACAUGGCUGACUCUCAGGACAACGGUCUGAGGAUUGUUCUGGUAGGGAAAACUGGAAGUAGGAAAAGUGCAACAGCAAACACCAUCCUUGGGGCAGAAGUAUUUGCUUCUAAAAUUUCUGCCCACGCUGUUACCAAGACCUGUCAAAAAGCAUCCCGGGAAUGGAAGGGCAGGGACCUUCUUGUUGUUGACACCCCAGGGCUCUUUGACACCAGGAAGAGCCUGGAGACGACCUGUGAGGAAAUCAGCAAGUGUGUCCUUUCCUCCUGCCCCGGGCCUCACGCCAUCAUAGUGGUUCUGCAGCUGGGCCGCUACACAGAGGAAGAGCAGAAAACCAUUGCAUUGAUCAAGGCUGUCUUUGGAAAGGCAGCCAUGAAGCACAUGAUCAUCUUGUUCACUCGCAAAGAUAGUUUGGAGGAUCAGAGCCUAAGUCACUUUACAGCAGAGGCGGAUGUGAAGCUAAGAAACAUCAUCCAGGAGUGUGGGAACCGCUACUGCGCCUUCAACAACAGAGCAGACGAAGCUGAGAAGGAAGCUCAAGUGCAGGAGCUGGUGGAGCUGGUGGAGAAAAUGGUGCAGAACAACAGAGGGGCUUACUUUUCGGAUGCCAUCUACAAGGACGCAGAGGAAAGGCUGAAACGACGGGCAGAGGUCCUGAAGAAAAUCUACGCUGAUCAAUUAGAAAAGGAAAUUCAAAGAGUGGAAGAGGAGUGUGCUCAGGCGUGCAGGAAGACCAUGCAGGAAAAAGAGGAAAAAAUUAAAUUACUGAAGAUGAAAUAUGAUGAAAAACUAAGAAGUGUAAGGGAGGAGGCCGAGAAGAAUAUCUUCAGCCAAAUUUUUGAUGGAAUUAUGAAGUUGCUUUUAAAAGUAUAUCAUUUGCUCAAGAAGCAUAAUUUUUUCUCAAUUUACCAUGAUUCGUUCAGCAUCUCUCCAGCACGCUCCCUACUAUUUUCCAGGCCUGCCCCUCCCCAUAAAUACCAACAAAUUUAA